UGUGCAGGCUGAAUGAGUGAGUCCAGCCCAAUGCACACCACACCUCUGCAACUGUCUGUCCGAACUGUCCUUACUCCUGUGUGGAUGCGUGUGUGAGUGUGAACGCACAUUUCUCCAUCAGUGUGUGUCUGUAUGUGUGUCAGACGCUGGCUUGCUCCGCGCCGGGUCUCUCCGAGCUCCAGUGCUCUUUCUGCCUCAGUCUGAGGACGGACACAUCUCGCCUCUCCUGCUGGAGUUUGGCCGCUGCUGCUUUUGCCCUGGAACACAUUUGGCCUCCAUGAGUGCAGCUGAGGAAAUCCAGCCUCUCCCUGGAAGAUGGGAAAUACCACGGAAACUUCCCAUUUUGUUUCCAAAAUCCCAAAGGAGCACGAUGUCUUCAUGGGUUCUUUAUACACAACCUUCUGUAUUCUGUCACUCUUGGGAAAUGGCAUCCUGCUCCUUGUUGCGUAUCGUAAGAGAUCAUCUCUCAAGCCGGCAGAAUUCUUCAUCAUAAAUUUAUCUAUUAGUGACCUUGGGAUGACAGUUACUCUCUUUCCCUUGGCGAUUCCAUCCGCCUUUGCUCACAAGUGGCUGUUCGGAGAGCUGACAUGUUUGUGCUAUGCUGUAUGUGGCGUCCUCUUCGGCUUAUCCAGCCUGACAAAUCUCACUGCUCUGUCGUCCGUCUGCUGCCUCAAAGUCUGCUUCCCAAACUAUGGUAACAAAUUCUCCUACUCUCAUGCCUGUCUGAUGAUAGUGGGGGUGUGGUGCUAUGCCAUGGUGUUUGCUGUGGGUCCCUUGGCAAAUUGGGGUCACUAUGGCCCUGAACCCUACGGGACAGCAUGCUGCAUAGACUGGUAUGCACCAGGCCAGGAUGCUCUGUCCAUGUCUUACAUUAUCUGUCUCUUCCUCUUCUGCUAUGCCCUGCCUCUUGCCAUCAUCCUCCUCUCCUACAUACUGAUACUCAUCACUGUACGAGGGUCACGGCAGGCAGUACAGCAACAUGUGUCACCACAGACCAAGACAACAAAUGCCCAUAUCCUCAUUGUGAAGCUCUCAGUGGCGGUGUGCAUCGGUUUCCUGACCGCCUGGAGCCCUUAUGCUGUUGUGGCAAUGUGGGCCGCAUUUGUGGAACCCAGUAAGGUUCCCCCUAUAGCCUUUGCAUUAGCAGCUAUCUUUGCCAAAUCCUCCACCAUCUACAACCCUGUGGUGUACCUGGUAUUCAAGCCCAACUUUCGCAAAUCUCUGAGCAGGGACACCGCUCAGAUUCGAAAACGAAUAUGUUCCAGCCCGUGCAAAGGAAGCCCUGUGCCUGGUGAGAAGGAUCUUCAACGGCAAACAUCUCUAUGUUGCAACAAGGAUGCUAGCAAUACCACUCGACUCUCCAAUGGCCUGGCGGAUAGCCAUGGCGCUUGUCUUCAUUGCACAGAGGCGGACCCUCAUUGUCAACAGACCCCGCCUCAAAGGACUGCCUGUGUGCUGAUCGGUACAUCCUACAGCGAGGUGACUGUGAGUCAGCUGCCGGAGAAGAUGCAAGCUGACCUUCUGUGAAGGCCCUAUAGGCUCUCCUCAUGCCAGCACAAGGACAAAUGUGAGGAAUAGAUGGAUGGGCGGCCUUAAAAUGAAACUUCUGGCCACUAGAGAUAAGCUUGAUGUGUCAGAGACAAACUGUGGUCACUUCUGAUACUGAUGUCAUGUAUUAGGAGCUGCAAAACAAUUAACCCUGCACUUAAAAGUCCCACCUUAAAAAGGUUACUGACCAGUCCUACCAUAGCAACUGUUCGCAGUUGUUUCAGACUAGCUUGUGCUAUUUUACUGAAAGUCUAUUCACAGAGAUUUGUGAUUCAUUCAACUGUGAAAAAUAACAAAAGAUGAGUUAUAUGAGGUAAGCAGCUGCAAAACAUUUGGGGAUUUUUUUAACUUCAGUAGUUAGUUGUACCAAGUAGUUUUUGAGGUAGAGUGGUUGUUCACUAUUAUUUUAAGUUAAGUCAAGCUUCCUAAGCAAAAACGUCUGACACAAUAU